AUCAACUCGGAACUUCCAUCUUACCGACUCCACCGCUGCGAUAUUUGACAAGCUCCUGAAAUCACCGCAUUCUUAGACAUUGUAUUGUACCGAUCGCCACGAUGAACACUGUUAAAUCUUUCUGGCUUGGAUGGGGCUCCCUUUGCGUUGCCGGUGGCGGUGCAUACUAUUUCGCCAAACAGCAAAUCCGGGCUGAUCGCCAAGCUAAACUCGAGGCGCACCACAAGAAAAUAGCGGCCAACAAGGCCCUGGAAUAUGAAGCGGCUGUGGCCUCUGGCAGUGCUGCAACGAGCAACGGUGGCCCUGCAAGGACUGACAAUGCCGGUUCGCCGAGCCAGGAAGCCAGCAGCGAUCCCGCGGCCACGAGGCAUGCGCCGGCGACAGAGUCUGAGCGUGUAACCGAGAAAAGUAAAUACGAGAGCGAUACGCCGUAUCGAGCUCGUAAAGGGGACAGAUUCAGCUAAAGAGACGAAGAACAAAGAAGAAAAGAGGAGCCUCGUUUGAUUGGGGUUUAUGCUGGGCAUCCAUGCUGGGCUUGUAUAUUAACUUCCAUGGUGUAAAAUAAUGCCCUUAUUAGCAGGGUUUGUAUAUAGUAUUCGCGCCGCGCACUGACGCAAAUCCAUUCUCCAAGCCCGGCUCAAUGAGACAAAGAAUGUUGGCAAUUGACAAAGAGA